CCCAUAGACCUACUUACUAAACUAAUGUAAUAUAGGGUAGGCAACCCGACAAAAAAAAAAUCUAAAGGCAGUUGGAAGGCAGGUGGUGUCAAGAUUUUUAAUAAAAUAUAUACCUACUUAAAUAAAAAUUAUUUACAAUAUGAACAGUAUCAGAAUAAUUAGACGGCUUCCAACACGACAAUGGCGUUCAUUCUCAAGAUGCACUGCCCUGAAUCAAGAAGUUGCUGAAGCGAUCAACCCUCUUACCAUCCCUCCUCCAGAAGGUGUUGACAAGCCAGUGUCCCCUAAAAUUGAAAAAAUCGUAUCCGAAAUCACGAAUCUUAAUUUAUUAGAAGUGUCAGAACUGAGUCAGGUUUUGAAAAAAAGAUUGAAUUUGCCUGACGCACCAGUAAUGCCUAUGGGAGGCUUUGCUGCCAUGCCUGCGCCGGCAGCUCAGGAAGAAGAGGAAGCUACACCAAAAGCAGUGAAGACAAGCUUUACGGUUAAAAUGACCAAAUUUGAUGAUAAACAGAAGGUGGCACUCAUCAAAGAAAUCAAGAGUCUUCUAGAAGGCUUUAAUUUGGUGCAAGCCAAGAAGUUUGUUGAGAGUGUACCUACAGUUGUUAAAGCAGAUAUUUCCAAAGAUGAAGCAGAAAAAUUAAAGGAAGCAUUAACUAAAGUUGGUGCUGUUAUAGAAAUUGAUUAGAUUUAAAGAAAUAUAUUAUAAUUUUAGUAUCUUAUGGUAAAUUAGUAAUUAAAAUAUUAAACAUUU